CAAAAGCAUUGCCCUGAGCCGCCGGUACCGCGCCCACCUCGCCCGCGCCUGGCCUUCUCAGCUUGAAAAUCUUAUUGUCACCGACGUCGACAUUAUUUCCGCCAGAAGAGGGAGACAACAACGCCAUUGAGCGACAGCGCAGUACUCGGGAUAUUCGCGGCGAUGAGUGUUACCGGCAGCCAUAGUAGAGUGCCUCAAUCACGGAGAGUCGUGGAGUUCAUCGAUGUUGAACAUGUCCGCACAUUCACCAGCAGCAACGCGGUGGUAUCAGAAACAUCAGGCAGCCAUACAGAACCAGGAAAAGAACUGAUGAAAGGCACACGGUCACCAAGCACCGGUCAUUUAUCCCAGCUGCGACCGGGUGAAUUAUCCUCAGAUACACCGUGCAGAGGAAAUCGAAAUGGCGGAGCAGACUCGCACCACUGUCAAGCCCACCGAUCCAGGUAUUAUCAUUUGAAAAUGCGCCUGGCGACACAUUGGUUGAUAUGGACGAUAGGCUGCUGUCAGCAAUCCAGAGCCUGCGCAUAUCCAAUGUAUCUGGUACCACUAAAGCCGACAAAUUGCUCUCGCAGCUUCCUGCCCCACGGCAAAGCGUACAGACUGAUAUGCCCACUCAGCAGACACUCAAUGGCAUCGACGAGUACAUUUCCCCGACUAGAUGAUAGCACUGGAAAUCGAAGCAGCAGAGGCUGAACUUCAGGCUCCUCAAUGUCUAUGCCAGUGGCACAACAGCUAUUCGAAAUUCCGCCUACAAUACACUUUGCAGCACACGCCAAUGACCAUCACGUCACGGCCACUGUGCGCGUUGGACGCUAUCCUCAUCCGGUAGUAACUCUGGGACCAGCAGUCCGCACACAAAUCCUCGCAAUGUUCGUCAAAACCGACGGCGACCGAAACUGCGCCUGGAGAACCUAACUGCUCCUCUGCAUUUCCGACAUAGCCGCACAGGUAUGCAUGGGAAUUCACCCGGAAA